AUGGCAGAGAGAAAUCGACCAAUCGAAACGGCUAAAUACUGUCACGACAUCAUCCGAAACAUCCUAUCCGUCAUUUUUUUUCUUUUACUAAACCUAAAUUUGCUUAUCUAUGUGAUUCGGUUACUAUCUAUCUAUCUAUCUAUCUAUCUAUCUAUCUAUCUAUCUAUCUAUCUAUCUCAGUCGGUCGAUUAUCUAAGUUUUUUCCAGCCUGUCGGGUUCAGCUUUGUUUGCUUCUCUCUCCGCAUGGUCCCUUUUCUUUUCUAUUUCUUUCUUUUGGGCUAUUUUCUUUCUUUUUCAUCGCUUCCUUUUUUUCAUUGCAUUCAUUUAUAUUUUCUUUCAUUUUUGUUCCUUUUGCUAUAUUUUAAAUUUAUUCAUAUUCUUUCUUUCUUCCUUUCUUUUUUUCUUUCUUUUGUUUUUCUUUCUUUGCAUUACGGUUUCUGUUUAGGGAUCAUUUUCUUUUUUGUCAUCACUUUUUCUUCAUCUCUUUUUAAUUUAAAUUUUCUUUCGUUUUGUUUAUUUUUGCUUAAUUUCGAAGAAAUGUGUUCACAUUCUUUCUUUCUUUCUUCUUUCUCGCUUUCAUCUCUAAUUUCGUUCAUUUGUUCCUUCCUUUCCUCUUUUUCUUCAUCUCUUUUUAAUUUAAAUUUUCUUUCGUUUUUCUAUUUUUUCUUUCUUUUUUUUUCUUUCUUUAUUUCUUUGUUUGUUUCUUUGUUUCUUUCUUUCCUGCUUUCAUCUCUAAUUUCGUUCAUUCGUUCUUUCCUUUUUUUUUCAUCUGUUUUUAUUUUUAAAUUUUCUUUCGUUUUUUUAUUUUUGAUUUUUCGAAGAAAUGUGUUCACAUUUUUCUUUCAGAUUUUUUCAAAUGUGUUCACAUUCUUUCUUUCUUUCUUUCUUUCUUUCUUUCUUUCUUUCUUUCUUUCUUUCUUUCUUUCUUUCCCGCCUUCAUCGCUAAUUUCGUUAAUUCGUUCUUUCUUUUCCUCUUUUUCUUCAUCUCUUUUUAAUUUAAAUUUUCUUUCGUUUUUUGUUUAUUUUUGCUUAAUUUCGAAGAAAUGUGUUCACAUUCUUUUCUUUCUUUUUUCUUUCUUUCUUUCUUUCUUUCUUUCUUUCCCGCCUUCAUCGCUAAUUUCGUUAAUUCGUUCUUUCUUUUCCUCUUUUUCUUCAUCUCUUUUAAUUUAA